AUGCUUGUUCUGGUUUGGAUGCUCGUCUCUCAGAGUAACUUACGAUUUGUAUACGCAGGAACCACAUCCUCACGAGCAACCGCCGCGGCUCCCCCACGCACGUUCCCUUCCACGGUUCCCUUCCACCCCCGCGACGCACGCCAGGUGCUCGGGCUAGCCCGGUCUCUGCGCGCGCUACUGCUGGGGGAUCGGCCAAGCUGUCGCCGCCGUGCCGAGCCCUGCGUCCGCGCCCGUGCCCGCGACUCUGCCCGCUCGCCGCCGGCACGCGCCCGCGACAAUCCCUUUGGUUCCGUCGGUCCGCCCGUGCGACGGCCGAUCGCGAGUCCCACACGACCGCAGCUCCCCUGCGACUUCCCCUGCGAUCCCCAACGCUCGUCCGCAAUCUCCGUGGCAUUCUUUCCCAGUCUGCGACCGCCGACGGCGACGGCGGACGGGUGCGGGUCACCGUGCGCAAGUCCACCAACUCGCGCUCUGAGGCCGCGUGCUCGCACUCCCACUCCCACUCGCAGUACAUGCAGCCACGGGUGUCCAACCUCUCCGGAGUGGAGAUCUACUCGCUGCAGUCGUCGCGCAACCCCACCCCGCGCGGCUCCAGCUUCAACCACGCCGACUUCUUCAACAUCGUCGGCGCCGGUGCCAAGGGAGGAGCGGCGGCUGUGGUGGCGGGGGACGAGGAGAAGGGCGGCGCCGACGGACACUCGCCGUAGCCGCAGGCCGUCGCCGCCGUGGCGGCCAAGAGGAAGGACCUGCACAUGCUCUCCAACGAACCGACUUCUUCAACAUCGUCUGGCGGCCGUGCUGCCUCCACCUCGCCCACGCCACUGCUCGCCUGCCGGACACCACCAGGCCUCCACGCCCUCCAACGAACCGCGAGAUGCGACAUCAACUCCACGACCUGCCCCGCUGCGCGCCAUUGAACCAUGGGAUGCGCCGCCACCUCGACGCCGACGGAUGCGCUGUCGUUGGAUCUUGGAGGAGCCCACUAGGGCGCCGCCGCCAUCCAUGAUGAGCUCUGCGAGAACAGCGACCUUCCCCGCUGCGAUGGUUGUGAGGCUCUACGAGGACAGUUCAAAUCCUGACGCAAGGGGAAAAGGAUGCAACAAGAGCUCGAGGUCAUGCUCUAAUUCAGUUCAACGAAGUACAUGGGUCUAUCAUUACCCCAUUUUAACUACAUACUACCAAACGAGGAAGAUGUUGGGUCGCAUUGAAAGUGGAGUCCACCUUCAAGGCAUUCUAGCAGAAGAGCGAUGAAAGUUAGCAGUUCAGGCUUGAUGGGAGCACUCCAUCUUCUGAACGACAGAAUCUUGUGGAGAUGUUUAAUGACCGUGAAAACACAUGAGAGAAAUGCACGUUGAUAUCAACUCGUGCUGGAUCCCUAGGUAUAGCCAGACCAAACUUGUGUAUGCCUAUCGCCUAAUGGCACAUCGAACAAUGGAAGAGAAAAUAUAUAAGCGCCGGGUGACAAAAGAAGGCCUUGCAGCAAGGGUGGUGGAUAGACAGCAAGUUUCAAGAACCAUCUCCAAAGAAGAGACGUUACAUCCUUUUGAAUUUGGCGAAGAGGAAUUAAUGGAAUAGAAUUAGAAUGGUUCUGCCAUAAUUGAGAAGCCAUCCACUUCUGAUACUAUUUAAACCUUUACCUGUCGAUAGUCUUAUGCUGAGCCUACUCACUGAGCAAACUUGGUGGAUUUUAGGUUACCAUGAACAUGAAGCUCUCCUCCAAGAAAAUGAGGAAGAAAAGCUUACAAAGGAGGAGCAGGAUAUGGCUGUUAGAAUGGGAGUCAUUGAGGAAAGCUGCAGCUGAUCCUGAGAGAAAAUCAAACAUGAGUGCAGUUCCAACAUAUCCUAAUCCUGUUCGGACACUUAAGCCUGUUUGAAGAAGUUGGCAACUGCAGGAAUCUAAGGUUUAACUCAAAUAAUCAAAAGAAGUGCAACAACUUAACCCACUUGCCUUGUGAAAUGUUGAUGAGCUCUUGAUUCUUUGGAUUAUGAAUUUUUUCUAUCAACUGACAGUAGUAUUAAGUUUGAUGAGAAAACUUGUGACAUUCUGGUGUGCAACCAGUCAGGCAUGAUAACAAGCAAAGGAGGAUUAGUCUAUUGGAGCUUCCUGCACUAAAUAUUGGAAUCGUUUUCACAAAGCAGCAUGUAUUUUCCUCGAUUGUUCACUUUUCCUUUAACUUUGUGUAAGAUGGAAAUGUUUUUGGUAGAAUAUAAUAGCUAUCACGAAAAGGUCUAUACAGUAGGGUUUAUGAGCCUGCAACCCUCUCCGUGAAUGUUAGUUUCAUAAAUUUUGUAUUUUAGAUUAAAUGACACUUUAACAUUGAUAUUUAAUUUUUAUAAUAUUGUUAUUUAUUGUGC